AUGGCUUGCAAACCAAUAAUUAUAGAUGAAUUUAUGAAUAGACUUCAGAUAUUCAGUGAAUAUGGUCCUCCAAAAAUUCUUCAUACUGAUAUUGGUGAAGAAUUUAUUGCUGAUAUUAUUAACCAGCUUUUAAAUGAAUGUCCUACAAUGAAAAUUAUUCAUGGUUGUCCUCAUCAUUCUCAAUCACAAGGAUCAAUUAAAUGUGGAAAUCAAGAACUUAAAAAAAAAAUUUGGGCAUGGAUAAAUAAUACAGGAUGCAAGAUUAGA